GUGUGUGUGUGUGUGUGUGUGUGUGUGUGUGUGUGUGUGUGUGUGUGUGGGUUGGGGUCUAAAAAUGAACUCUGCCAAGGGGGGAGGGUUGCAGCAGCGAGAAAGAGAGACAGAUAGAUAGGUGGGAAGAUGGAAGAUGAGAGUGACUAGGUCUGCGCGGGACUUUGUCUUCGCUUUUCUCCUCCUUUGGGGAUGGAUUCAUUCUUUUUUGGAUACCGAGGCACACCUGGAUGGGAGGGGAUUGCAACGUGGGUGGUUGGGUUUGCCGCUGCCGCGGUCGGUGGCACAGUCAGAUGCCAAUUAUGUGCAUCCAAGAACGGGCAUAGCAAUCGGGGGGGAGACGUGUAUGUGUGUGUAUUUGUGUGUAUGUGUGUGUGAGCGUAUGUGUGUGUGUGUCGUGGGGAGUUGAGUGAGUGGACGGGGGGCGGUGAAGGGGGUAAGAGGUACGUAGUGAGAUGAGAUGGGUGAGGGAGAGGGGGGUGGAGUGAGUGAGAUGCUCAAUGGCUCUUCUCUCCUUUGCUUAGACGACAGACGCG